AUGAUUCCAACUAAUAUAAUUUUUGGAUUUUUCAUUAUUUUUUAGAUUUGUAUUGGGGUUCUAGGGAACUCAGUGAUAUUCGUUUUCUACUCUUACACCUACUUCAUUCAGGCCCCCCUGAAGAAGCCCAUAGCACUGAUCUUCAUGCACUUGACACUGGUGAACGUCUUCACCAUCAUGUUCAAGCUCAUCCCAGAGGUCAUGCCGUCCUUUGGCAUCAGCCAUUAUCUGGAUGACGUGGGCUGUCAGGUGACAUUGUACACCUUCCAAGUCACACGUGGUCUUUCCAUCUGCACCACCACUCUCCUGAGUCUCUUCCAAGCUAUCACUAUCAUUCCUGGCCAUUCCAAGUGGGCCCUGCUCAAGUCAAAAACUUCUGAUUGCAUUUUUCUGCCCUUUAUUUCCUUCUGGAUCAUCAACAUGGUCAUCUACAGCCACAUCAUUAGCACUGUGCGGGCUACCAGCCCGCAUAAUGACUCUGUGUCACGUGUUGGGUUUUCUCAAUUAUACUGUGAGAACACAUCGGUCGAUUCCCGGGUGUUUCUAAGUUCCAUGGUAAUUCGAGAUGGGUUCUUUGUGGUGCUCAUGAUGGGGUCCAGUCUCUACAUGGUGAUUACCCUCUACAGACACCAUCAGAGGGUCCGGCGUGUGCUCAGGGCCCACUUGUCCACCCCAUCCUCUCCUGAGAUCAGAGCCACCCAGAGUAUCAUCAUGCUGGUCAUCUGCUUCAUCUUCUUCUACUUCCUGAACAACUUCCUGACCUUCUAUAUGUUUUUUACCCCUGAGAAGAUGCCUGAACUUGAUCGAAUUAAUGGAAUCCUCUCCUCAGGCUACCCGAGUCUCUGUCCUAUCGUGCUGCUGCGGAACACUAAGAUUAAUUUCCAGUUUCACCAUUCAGUGUCCCAGGUGAAAGCUGCCUUUGGGCCUAGGACAAUAAGUAGCAGGCAGAGAUGA